CUCGCGAAGUGAAUGACUGCCUUACACAACAGGUUCCUCGUCCCCUUGUACCAACCUGAAACCGCGUUUGAAAUAUUCGCGCAGAUUAUCCGCAGGUUUAGUGUGUCUACCGGUGCGGAUGUAGAUCUAAGUUCGUAUAAUGCGAGUGGACCGGUUAGUGCUACGAAGACUUUUGAUUUACCGAAGAGUCCGGAGAAUACGUGUUGGAUCCGCGAUGCGCCCGGGAGUUGUUCUAAUGAACAGAUACGCGCGCUGCGGGAUGGUGAGGGGAGUGUGGUUAAUGGUGUACUGCAGAUUGGGAGUUCGGGCACGAAGUCGCCGCCUACUGCUGCGUCGGAUGUUGCGACGACUACAACGCCGCUUAUAGGUUUGUUUACUGCUACGGGUACAUCAUCGAGUGUGGCUAUCCCUAAUCAGGGAUCCAGUAUUGAUUUGUGCUUCAUGAUAGGUACUAUUGGUGCCGCGGUAUGA